GCGGUGCAUAGCUUAUAUAGGCACAGAUUGAAGGAAGUAGACGUGAUUAAAUGAAUACCUAGCGAUAUUCCGGAAGCAAUAUUACGCCGUGAGGCCCACGAUAUUCCAAGUCGCAUAGACGUCGGUCGUAGACGUAUACGCUUCGAUCGUGAACGUGUGAUCACAACAUCAUUACAUCACGUUCCUCACAUGACACAUGUUCCUCACGUUACGAAUUUAAUCGCAGUAUUUAUCAACAAGCCGUAACUUAUCUGUACUGCUUUAACAUGCCGUGGAGGCUAUCAUGGAGUUAACGAACUUCUCGCGGGAUUCCUUCAUAUUUGAUGUGAACAUGGCCGCGAAAUAAGGACUGCACCCACUUAAAGCGGAUCAGUGGCAGGGAAUCCACGGCGACGCGGUCUCCGUGCUUUCACAAACACAUCAGGCUUGUCUAUAUCUUAUCCCACGCUGUUGAUAACGGAACAAAUCUACCGUUGUCAGGCACUUGUACACACGGCUCCUUAUCCGCCCAGCUAAAAUGCUCUUCAGCUAAAAUGCUCUUCUACGAAGAUACGGGACGAUCGUUGUAUGCAUGGAACGCUGUGGACGUGGAGAUUGACGGUCGGUUGCGGCACGGCUACGUGGUCGGCCUGGAAGAGACCGAGAGCGCUUCCCCUCGUCUGCUGGUGGAUUUGGGAUGCCCGACACAGGAGGCGGUGCUGGUGGAAUACGGGAAGGUAUGGGACUGCUCCCGCCAUGUAUCCAGCAACGCUAGCGAGGGAGCUGUUGUGGAAGUGCUGCUGUAUGACGGCCCGCACUGGACAUGGUAUCCCGGAAUCAUACUGAUUGCGCGCUUUGACGAGCUGCAUGAGAUGGCGCUGGUGGAGGUGCUGGUGGACGAGCAGCGGCGUCGCGAACUGCUUCCCACCAAUCAGAUUCGCGAUGCGGCCGAUGCCUGGGGGCAAACAGCCAGGUCGGGACUUCUUGGGGCGGGCGAGUUCGUCAUGCAGGCGUGUAACGUGCCCAACGGCUACUGGGCUAUGGAGCCGUCUGCGGCGGCAUUCCUGCUUAAACAAGUGGAGAGCCGGUGCAACCUGCGAAUUGUCACGGUUCUUAGUUGGACGAUGCACUAUCUGCGGAGGCACGGGGACUUGCCCUUAAGUGACCAGGUUCUGGCGACCGCGUUCGAGGACCAGAGGAGCAAGCACGAUUUUGGCUGGCAAACUGAAUUCCUUGAUGAAAACGAAGAGCUGGAUGUUGAGCGGAAGCGUAGGAUGCCGUUAAGCCAGUUGAACGUCGGUGAAAAAGACAGAUUAACGUUGCCGUUGGCAGUGCUGAAAGAGAUCUUCCACUCACUGGACACCAUUGACCGUGUGCGCUUCCGCCGCACCUGUCCGCUGUGGGCAGACAUUCUUAUUAAGCCGGAGAUAUGCAGCGAGGUGAUCCUCCCGCGGCCGCAGUACAGCUUUUGGGAUAAUUACGUCCUGUACACCGGCCUCGCCAAGCACGUCACACCCGCCACACGCACCAUCUGCAUCCGCGAAAGCGGCAUGUAUUCUAAUGACGUGUUCGAUGCUGUGCAGCGUCUCUUGCAGGACGCCGGCAUCCGCCUUGCCCGUUGCAUCGUGCACCGGCGAUCGCUCGCGUACAAAGAGUCAACAUUUACUCGAUGGAAAUUCGCCUUGUUUACCGACAAAGUCGCGGAGCCACGGUUCCGGCUGGAGUCCUGCUGCGAUCGUGUGAUUUUCAAAGAUCUGGCCGUUGUCGUGCAAAACAAGUGGGAGGCGCCCCUCUUAGAGUUCCGCGUUCCCCUGAUCGUCUUCACCCGGGGAGCGGUCGAUGAGGCGGACGUUGUGGACCUGUUCGAGAAGCAUCUGCACUAUGAGGGGCCGCCGGUGGAUGUGCAGCAAGUAGCCCAUUUCAUGGGCAAUCGGAUCAUCACUGCAGAGGGAGCGACGAUCGUAAAGAAGAUUCUGCGGAACUACCAAUCCAGCGAUCCGCGUCCGUCGGCACAGUAUCGGGAACACCGGUGGUGUGUGUACAAUGUGGCCGGCGUGGACGUGGGCCGGCUGAAUCGAUUCAGUCUGUGUGUCUUAUGGCGCUACACGCAGUACUGGUCCGCAUACGAGAGCGCACACCCUGUGCAACUGGCACCCAGCGACCCGGAGUCCGAGUCCGAUGAGUAGAAAGCGCACUUUGUUGAAUUUUGCUUAGACGUUUACCGACAAUGUUGAUUGUUAAUCAUGGUAGGCAGAACGGUAUCUGUAUGACCUCAUGUAGCUGUAGCGGUUGAGAUCUUCAUGGUCACGACGCCGCCUUGCUUAAUAGCUAUUCGUGUUUGUUUUCGCCACGCGUUUUUUCGUGUUUUCGUUCUUAUUUUACAUGCAUUUUCAUCGAUCUACAACACAGCCACGUGACAA